AGUAAAACUAAAGGGUGGGUUGCACAAAGUGAAGAAGGGUGAGUGGAGAAUAAAUCUGCAUAUGCGAAAUAUAUAUGCCAUUCCAUUUGCUGAUUGAUAUUGCAUAAGCUUGACGUUGUAACAUUUUAUAUACUAUUUUAAAUAAAGAAUAUGGAACGCCAUCUACACAGAGAAGCCAACAAGGCACACAAGCAAGAAAUGAGGGCGGAACGAAGAGAAGAACGAUUACACGACAGAGCAGUCAAUGCAGCAUUGCACGGAAAUAUCGGGCAGGCUAUUCGACUAGAAAGCAAGUCACAUGCGGCGGGACACAGAGCUGAUGCUGCACACUCCAGGGAAAUGAACAACAGAGCAGCUGCCAAUGCUGUUCACCACCAGCACCAUCACCACACGCCUCCCCCACACCAUCAUCACCACCCGACUCCCCCACACCACCAUCAUCACCACGGACCUCCACCACCACCCGUAGUUGUCCAUCACCAUCACCCUCCGCAGCAUGGAGCACCGCACUACCCAACUGGAAAUGCACCUUAUCAUGGUCACGGAGGAUAUCCUCACUAAAAGAGGUAGAAACGAGGUAGACGGGAACUUAAAUGAUGAUAUAAAAAGCAUGAUAUCUACAUAUUUAAAUUUUAAAACAUUUUAACAUCACUGUACAGUCAAAAAUUAUUCAUUGAUUAAAUGUUGAUUGAAUGAACUGAAGCCAUUAUUCCAUUGUUAUUGUCACGUAGUGAGAUUGACAGAUUUUAAUACAUAAAAAAAAGCGAGCUAAACCCAAGUUGUGGCAGCAAUAAUCAAUUCAGGUAUUCAACUAUUAUUGGUUUGCACAUGUGCGGCAUGUAAUCUAGUUUUAGAUAUCCAGGACCACAAUACUGGACUCUCGCUUUUAUUCAUGUUUAUUAAGCAAUUGAAACUGUAUUCAUUCAUACCUUAUGAAGGAAUGAUGCCCUAGAAACUAAAAUAUUUUGAGUCAAACAAUUUUAUCCGAUGACGAACUUCCAAUAUCUUGGCAACAGGAACAGGUUAAUUUAAUAAUUGAUGAAUUGAAUUUUUUGUUGACUUUCAGGAGGUUUUAUGAUACCUCUUCUGUAAAUUGUGAAGGGUUCGUAAGAAGAUAACGGUUUUUUUCGGCUGCAUCGCAGAAUUUUCAUGAUUGAAUUGAGAAUAGAGUUUUCCUACCCACUUAAACAGUUCGAAUUUGUAAUGAAGCAACGGCUCCCAAUCUCCAAAUCAGAAUAUGUUCUGCUAUACAAAAGUUAUCUGUAUCUGAGCCAUUUCAAAGUGAUUAUACGGAACAUUCAAUAGUAUCAGCUCUGAAUACAGAAAGAUCAUUUCUUUAGGUCAACGUGGAUACCAGUGUCGGCUCAUACUGAAAGGUACUCUUGGCAAAACAUUUUCUGCGUUGUUAACCGGACUACUGUUGAGCAUGCUAACUUAUGCGUACAGAUUAGUGGUCCAGCUGACUACAAAUGUUUAUUAUCCGCCGUUCACAAUUCAGCGAUAGAGAGCAGAUCUACAAAGCGCUAUUAUCUGAUAUUCACAUAUACCGGUAUAUAUAAAGCAUUGCGGCGUGCUCGAUUUCACAAUAACUUUCACUAUAGAACAUUUUUCGAAGUGUUCUAGGCUCUUGUCUUGUCAUAGUUGUGAAUUGCUUGUCUGAGGAAGUCUGAUUUUGGUCAGACGAAACGUUACAGAAAUAUAUUAGUGUUAGUAUGCAGCAAGACUCUUGAAUUGCAUAUUAUGGUUUUUUAUU